AUGGCAUAAACAGUGAAUGAAGUUUUGAGAAACUUACAUCCGCAAAGGAAUACUUUUACAUUUGAUGAUGGAGUGAUAAUCACAAGUGAUUUUGACUCUGGAAACUUAUGGAAAUGCCUUAAGAAAAGAGUUGAGCCUGUAGAGGUAACAGAGCAACAAUUCAUAGAUGAUUCAAAAUCAGAGGAAUUAAAGCAAUCAGAGGAAAUCAAGUCUGAACCUCCAAAACAAGAGGGAUUUGAUGAGUAUGAAAUCUGGAUAGCCCCAGAUUCAAUCCCUUACUAAGAAGAGAUAAGCUACAGAACAUGGUUCUUUUUCAGCAUCACAGGCUUUCCUAAAGACAUGAAGACAAUUAGAUUUAGAGUAAUGAACAUGAGUAAUCAAGGGAAAUUAAUCUCUUAUGGACUUAAGUCUGUAUUCAUAGAAUUCAGUCAUUAGGAUCAUCUCAAGUUCAUUAGGGAAAAUCAACCUAUGUUCAGAUAACCUUGGAAAAGAAUCAAAGCUAAGGUAGAUCAUGAGAAAGGGGCAGAGGGCAUGAAAAUGUACUUUCAUCAUCAAUUGAAGCCUACACAGGAUACCAAAGAUGUUCUUUACUUUGCCUUUACUUACCCUUAUACAUUUGAAGAUGUUAACAGAUCAAUCGAAGAAGUUAAGGCUGAGUGCUCUAAGAACGACCACUACUUUCAUAAAUAGACAAUAAUUAAAAGUCUUGAAGGCAGAGAUAUUGAUUUAAUCACAAUUACAGCAAAUAACAAAUCUCUUGAAGAACUUGAGCCUGUUAUUGAAAAUGAGCAUAUAAUUAAAUAGAAUCCAGAGCUCCAGGCUAAGAGAUUUGAUAAGCCUUGCAUAAUGGUUACUUCCAGAGUGCAUUGUGGUGAAACUCCAGGAUCCUAUAUGCUUUAAGGUAUGCUAGACUUAUUGAUGGAUUUCACAAAACCUUAUGCAAAAAUACUAUUGGAAACAUUUGUCUUCAAAAUAAUUCCUUGUUUGAAUCCAGAUGGCGUUGCAAGAGGCUAUUGGAGAAAUGACACAUCUGGAGUUAAUCUCAAUAGGCAUUAUACAGAUCCAUCUCCUUUGGAAUAGCCAACUAUUUAUGGUACAGUUUAGGCCAUCAUUCAUGCACAUUCACACUUAAACUUAAAAUACUACACAGAUCUUCAUGGGCACGCAACUAAGAGAGGUUGCUUUGUUUUUGGAAACUCCAUAGCAGACUAAAAGUUGAACAUUGAAUAGAUUUUGCUAGCUAAGUUAAUGUCAAUGAACUCAAUCAACUUUGAUCUCUCUGAGUCUAACUUUUCCGAUGAGUCAAAUAACAAAAAGGAUGGCAAAGGAAUGGGCAGAGAUUCAAGUGGAAGAGCAGCUACUUAUAGACUAACUUAGAUAGUUCAUAGCUUUACAAUGGAGUGCAACUAUGCCACUGGAAUGAGAAAUAAUACUCUAAAGCCAAGAUUAGAUCUCUAAAACAGACAAAUACUUAAAAAAGAGGAGUCAUAUGUGACUGAUAUAGGAUCUUAGUUUUAUAAAGUGAAUGGAUGGAAGAGUCCAGUAUUUGACUCUGAAGUCUUUAAAGAUGUUGGUAGAGCAUAUUUGAUUUCAAUUUUAGAUAUUGAAUAGUUGAAUCCAUUGCCAAGAAUACUUAAGAAUUUUGAUGAGACAUUUGAAACUGCUCUUGACAGGUUGAGGAAAGAUAUUGAUAGAGAUUUGAAAAAGCCUUAGAAUAUAUUUAAAAGCAAGAAAGGUGCUGGUGGAGGUUUCAAGCCUGAAUUUGAGAUAAUAAUUGGAAAUAAGAAAGAUGUAGAUGAGAACUUAGAAAAAUUAUAAGUUGAGGAGGACAAUAACCAUUGA